AUGUCAAAGUGCAGAUUCCUUGAGUAUUUCUGGAGUGAAUUGACUAGGGGCUAUUCGUUGCACAAUGAUCAGACACGCUAUACUGAGAAAAGGCGGAAGGUUUACGCAUUUUUAAGGAUUCCAAUAGAAGUUGAAAGAUUUCUUUUCUAUGGUUUGCUCCAGUGUAUUGAUGCAUUUUGCUAUCUUUUCACAUUCCUUCCAAUCAGAUUCUUUAUGUCAAUUCUUGGUUUCGUACUUCAACUACGUCCGUGGACUUCUGCCGAGACGUGCGACUUCUUCAAAGUUUGGAUCAUAGUUUUGGGGUCCAUCCUUAUGCAACACAUAGAUACUUCUGUUGUUUACCACCAGGUGCGUGGUCAAGGUGUUAUAAAGUUGUACAUUUUUUACAAUAUGUUAGAAGUAGCUGAUAAGUUGUUCAGCAGUUUAGGGCAGGACAUCCUUGACGCACUUUUUUGGACGGCCAAUGAACCAAAAACAUUCAGAAGUGUUGUAAGAACAUCGUGUCACUUUGCUUUCGCUCUAUCUUAUGCAUCGAUACAUACAUUCUUGGUUUUGUUACAGGCGACUACACUGAAUGUUGCAUUCAACUCACACAAUCAGGCUCUCCUAGCUAUAAUGAUGUCCAAUAACUUUGUCGAACUGAAAGGAUCAGUAUUCAAGAAGUUUGCGAAGGCUAAUCUCUUCCAAAUGGCUUGCAGUGAUGUGCGUGAGCGAUUCCAUAUAAUCGCUCUGUUGUUUGUUGUGAUCGUUCGAAACAUGAUGGCAGUCAAUUGGAGUAGUGAACACUUACGAGAAAUGAUGCCGGAUGUCCUUAUGGUUUUUGGAGCCGAAUUACUUGUCGACUGGUUGAAACACGCUUUUAUAACGAAGUUUAAUGAAAUCAAUGCGGAGGUUUAUAGAGAUUUCACUAUUACAAUCGCGUACGAUGUUGUUAGAAGUCGUGAUUCAUCGGCGUUCAGUGACUAUUCUGAUCAGGUCUCUCGAAGGAUGGGAUUUAUUCCUAUCCCACUGUCUAUAAUGCUAAUACGCGUACUUAGCCAGUCAUUCACAUUGCAAAGUAAAACGAGCCUAAUUAUUUUUCUGACCUGGUUGCUUAUGCUUGCAAUAAAAAUAUUUAAUGGCAUAGUUCUACUGGGGAAAGCUUGCGAACACGUUAUGAGCUAUAAGGAAUUGCAAGCUCGAGCUGAAUAUGAACUUUUCCGUAAAAGAAUGGUUCAGAAGAAAAGUAAAAGUGCUCCGAGUUCACCCCACAUAAGUCUAAUAGAUUUUUCUGAUGUGUUGCACCAAACAGCCGGCGUGAAAGGAUUCACUGUAUCGGAUCUGAUGUCCCAAUGGGAGGAUCUAGAGAUUGCUAGUGAAAGACGUAGUAUUGAAAGAGAACGGGAGGAGCGACUGCCAAGAAGGACUCAGAGUCUUGCACAUAUUUCUCGCUCUAAACGAGAUAAAAGCGAACCUCCUCCGUCUAUUCCAGAAGAUAAAAACGAGUUCGUUAUGCUAAAAAUGCCUGUACCAACAACGAACUGCGAUGUCCUCGCUGACGUUACUGCUUAUACAAUGCUCCCACCGGAGCAAGGCGUUGAGCGAAUAGAAUGA